AUGCGAAAACAGACGACAUUCGCUCGAAAUGUCGAAUCAACGGGUACUGCUGGUUCUUUAACUCCGCAGAAUGGAAACAGUCGAAUCACACGUUCGCAACAUGUGCCCACCCCCAAAAUGUCCACCCGGAAGAAGGCGCUCUUCUGUGGUGGAGGACAGGAAAUAAACAAAACAUUCCUCAAUCAGCAAGAAGAGUCGGACCUAGGGCCAAUGAGUCCGCUAAAAUUUAGCAACAGUCCAAAACGAACUUCGACUAAGGCAUUAAACAUAACAUCCUUUCGCAAUAUCCUUGGAAACGUUUCUCCUGAGAGUGAUCGGUCUCUCUCACCAGACUAUGAACGUCGGUUUUCUCAUUCAGAACGCUAUGAAAUCCUGUCCUCUUAUGGUAAGGAAAAUAACAUGUCCGACGAGGAGACCCGACACUCGUUUCCUAAGGAAAUUUCAUGUGUGCGAAAAGCUGCUGAGAAUGCCUUGUUGGAUGAAACCAACUCGAACAGUUUAUCUCAGUUAAUGAAUUCCGAUCUAAACAUUGUAGACAAAAAAUCUCAAAUCCACAAGACUCCCGGUUUAACCGAAGCAAACAGUUUAAACAAGGAACCCAAAAUAACUUUCAGAAAGUUUAGCAUGUUGGAUAAUCAUUCGACACCAAGUGAAUCGAAAAAUCGCAAAGUACCAUUAGGAGACAUGACGAACGAUUGCAAAGCACGAACCUCUCUUACCUUUAACGAUUUGCGACCAAUUUCCACAAAGUCCUUUUAUUCAUCUUCUGGCCAAGAUGUGUCUACUAAAUCUCAAACCGUGCGUUCGAUCCAAUCACUGCGUCCUGCUGUGAAUGUUAAAACACCCGCAAAGCGAGCAUCUUCUGGCCACCGAAGGCGCCCGAGUGCGAAACCCCGAGGCAAUUCCAUCCGGCUUGGAAGUUUCAAUCGUGGUGUGUUUCACAAAAUUAAAAAACCGGUGUCCAAAAAGGCAAAUAACAGCUUGAAAAAACUCUCCACUAGCCAGGUGCUAGAAUCGACUAGUUCUAUGUUAAACAGUUCAGUAGAGAAAACUGUUAAAAAGGGCAGUAAGUCAACACCAACUUCUCCCCUAACGAAGAACAAGCAGCCUCAGCAAGACCCGAAAAUCGCACAGCAAAUGGCUCGUAUUAAACGAAUUUUACAGAAUAUGAAAAAUCCUAUCGAGCAGGCGCGGCCGUUGUCCUUAUCGAAGUCAAUGACGGAUUUGGCAGACUGCUCGCUGUAUAGCGACGAACGGAAUGAGUGCGCUCGAAGCGAGAAAUAUGCGGACGAGGAAGAAGACGAUUCGCUCGAUGGUCGUGAUGAUAACGAUGACGCCAAAUCGGAGAGUGGAACGACAACAGGGGGUGGAAAGUUUUUCAAGGCCAACUCCUGCCAGCGAAUCAAACGGGAGUACAAGAUUUUCAACAAUGUUUCGGCAACCGUGCGGAAGGGCGGCAAAAUAUCUCUUAACCGUGGCAAGGAACGAAAACGAAGGUUUCCAUCGAUGUUUGACGAGGACUUCGACUUUGAAACUGAACAGCUAGAAGUAGACGAUAUCAUCAGCAAACUCAACCAACCUCCGGUUAAUGACAGCCAAGUAGGUUCUGUUCCAAAUCCACCGCCUCCUGCAAACUGCAGUACGUCGCAAGCACCCGAAAAGAUGGUAGAAAUUGAAAUUGUCGACGCCGUUAACAGCGAAGUGAGCAACGAUGAGCCGAUCCCGAUGCAGUCGAACGUUAUUUAUGUGGACGCGAUAUCUCCCUUCAAUACUGCUUCAGAAGAAAGCAGCAGCACGGGGACAGAGGCACCAGUGUGUAACACUAUUUCCGCCUAUCACGAGUCACCAAUGACUCAGAUUCGCACAAUGACGUCCGAGUUGGCCAUAACCAAGGCAGUCAAUGUUUCAGAACAAUUCCAAGAAGCGCAACCCUCACAACAUAAUCAGCAAGAUAACCUAUUUCCGAUAUUCCAUAAAGAUCACCAACGAACCGUGCAGAUCAGAGAAUCGACGAUAGAGCCAUCCCUCGGACUGUUCGAUCCAACUCGACGGAGACGCAAGCAUGCACACAACUGGCGUCCUAUCGGUGCCAACCAGUAUCAGAUUGAUGCUGGUCAGAAGGAAUAUGGUGCUCAGCAGUGCUCGGGAUGCGGUUUAAUUUACAGCGUCCACGAGCCAGAGGAGGAGCUGAUUCACGAAAACUAUCACAACUCACAGCAUGUGCUAAAAUUUCCCGGCUGGACCAAUGAACCAGUGAUAGCUCGUGUUCCCGAGUGGGAUGUUUCGGGUAGGAUUCUGGCCGUUACGAUAGCCGAGAGUAAACAGAGGUUGCAGAAGAUUUUUGAAGUGCUGUCCGUGGUAGAUCGAGAGUUAGGUUACAUUGAACCCUGCUCGCUGAUGAUGGGUUCGGUGGUUUAUCUAGCUGUAGCACGUUCGACGGUACUCGGAGUUUGUGUGGCGCAGCCGGUGCAGCAGGCCAAUAGGUUACUCACAAUCGAGGGUAUUGAGGGAUCCAUCGAUUGUUGCACGAUGGAAACAUACCCAACGAAGUGUGGGAUCUCUCGCAUUUGGGUAUCGCCCAACUUCCGCUGCCAUGGAAUAGCCCGGACAAUACUUACGGUUCUGAAGUCCCAUUUCAUCUUUGGUUACCCAUUGAGCUACGACGAAAUCGCUUUCAGCGCUCCUACCGAAGCUGGCAAACGGUUGGCAGAAAGCGUAACUGGACGAAAGGACUUUCUUAUUUACAUGUAGCGAUCUAUUCAGUUCUCUAUUUCCGACUGUGAGUUUUUUUGUGCAUAUUUUCUUCACUGUAUUUUGUUUCUCUGUUCUGUUAACUCUGUUUCAAUAAUCAACUUUUGGAUAUGACAAUAAUUUUCGUUUCUAUUUUCUGC